GCCAACAAAUUUUUGGAGAAGUGGCCAACCACUUUCAAAGCAAAAGUAAUAAAGGAAAGCCAUGGACUUGUACCCACCACAGAACUCUUGGAUUUGAUGCGGAAUGCUGAGUCAGCUGCUGAAGUUGAGAAUGGCUGGGACAGUGACAUGUCUGCCAUCUUGCUGCUGCUACAUUUGCUACCACCAUCUGCACAAGGUAGAAAGAAGCCGGGAAAGCUGUCUGCAUAUCAAGCUGUAGAUCAGCUUAUCAGAUUUCAAAAGGUUGGAACCAGUGUGCAGCAGCAUCUAGACAACAUCACCCAAAGCAGUCAGCCCUACCUUCUCGCCCAGGGAUCCACACAAAGCACCAUUCACUCCUUCUUCAUUGUGGUCGACAAGAAAGCACUUCCAUGCAAGGCAAAAGGUUCAGUUGCCGCUUUUGAUGAACUCUUUAAAGCCCAUUACGUCUUUGGUACGUCAUACAGUUCUUCCCUAAGCAGCUUUUUCACUUUUGUGCAAACAACCAUCUAUAACAUCGACAUGGGGGAAACAAAGGAGACCCCUAGAGUUGCGGAGUUGCGAGCAAGAAUGGUGCGUUAGUUGAGAUAAAACUAUGAAGUGUUUUCUUUGCAAAAGUGACCAUGGAAGUCCAAACAACCUUGUUAAGCACUUUAAGGUAAUUCAUGGACUAUGUACAGGCAGGACUCUUUUUUUGAAGUGUGGUCAAGAAGGAUGCUCACGUUCUUUUGGUAGUUUUUCAGGUUUAAGAAAGCAUCUUAAUAAGUGCCAUGGAAGCAGUUUAGUUGAUUCUGUGGAAUCUGAUCUUUCAUAUCCUCAAAGCACCAUCAAUACAAGUAAUGUUUUUCAUGUUGAAGAGUCGACUGAAGAGUUAGAGGCCGAGUCACAGUUAUCUUCGCCAUACAUUGUAAAUAGUUGUUCAGCUGUAAUUUCUGAUCUAAAGGCAGCAGGUGUUGCUCAAAGUACACUGAAUUCUGUAGUGACUUCCAUGGAAGAGAUUGUUCAAGAUAUCCAUCAGCAUGCUAAAGAGACAGUGAUAAAGCAUGUAUUUAGUAAUGAAAGAGAAACGGAAAUGUGCAAGAAAGUUGAGGCGUGUUUUGAGGGGUUAGAGAAUCCUUUCACAAUUCUAAAUUCGGAAUACAAACGAUCAAAAUUUAUGACUGACAAGUGGGAAAUGGUCGAACCAAUUGAAUGUGUGAUUGGUUCAAGAUUUGACACAAGACGAAAUAAAAAGACUGGAACAUAUGAUCAGGUAGUAGUUCAAGAUAAAUUCAUGUAUAUUCCAAUUUUAUCUACACUGCAGUCAAUAUUUAAAAGUCCAUAUGUUGCAGAAAUGUUGCAACGCUCAGCAACCAGCGACUCUAGACUGAGAGAUAUUUGUGAUGGAUCUUUUUUUAAAAGUCACCCCCUGUUCUCAACUGAGAAGCAGACAAUACAGAUCCAGAUGUUCUAUGAUGACUUUGAGGUCGCCAACCCUCUGGGUCCAAAGCGAGGUAUUCAUAAAUUAGGUGGAGUAUAUUUUACUUUAAGAAACUUCUCUCCAAAAUGGAAUUCUUUUUUAGCUAACAUACACCUGUGCGCCUUAUUUCAUGCUCAAGAUGUUAAACGUUAUGGUUUUAGUGAAAUUUUUGCUCCCAUUGUUCGAGAUAUUAAAGUGUUAGAGAGUGAUGGUAUUGAGAUUCCAUUAUACAAUGGUUUUGUUCGUGGCACUGUAGUGCAGGUUACUGGUGAUAAUUUGGGAUUGCAUUGUUUGUUUGGUCUAGUGGAGUCUUUCAGUGCAAGGUACUGUUGCAGGUUCUGUUUAGCGGAAAAGGAGGACUUUCAGACAGAAUUCUCUGAAGACUCUUCCAAAAUAGUUUUGCGCACCAAAGAUGUACACACUGCUCACUGUCAAGAAAUGGCUUGUAAUCCAUCCCUUCCCUACGUUUUUGGUGUGAAACGUUCAUGCAUAUUAAAUUCAUUGGAGUAUUUUCACACAACAGAGAACUUCUCAGUUGAUGUGAUGCAUGAUGUGUUAGAAGGGGUGGGCCAGUACGAAUUGAAGUUAUUAUUUCUGUAUUUGAAGGAAAAGCAUGUUACAUCAGCAGAAAUACAUUCAAGAAUACAAAGUUUUGAUUAUGGUUUCAUGGAGAGAAACAACAGACCUGUAGCUGUUAAUUUAAGUGAAGGAUCUAAUGAUCUAGGACUGAAUGCAUCUCAGUCCUGGUGCUUACUUAGGAAUGUUCCUCUUAUCUUUGGAGAUUUGUUUACUUCUACUGACCAACACUGGAGCCUGCUUCUUUUACUUCUUCAAAUAAUAAACAUCAUAUUCUCGCCCAUGUUAUCUCAAGGUUUAUGUGUAUAUUUAAAACAUUUAAUUGUGGAUCACCACACACUGUUUAAAAAGUUGUAUCCUCAGAAAAACCUUUUACCAAAGCAUCAUUUUCUUGUCCACUAUCCCCGCUGCAUACAGAAAAUUGGGCCUGUCCUUCAUAGUUGGUGUAUGAGGUAUGAAGGCAAGCAUAAUUUUUUCAAAAAACAGCUUAAAUCGUUUAAAAAUAUUACCAAAACGCUUGCAAAAAAGCAUCAGUUUCAUAUGGCACAUAGUUGGCGAAAUUCAACAACUUUUAGUCGGUUUGACAUUGGUCCAGGAAAAAUGGUGUCUUUAAAUAUGGUAAAAGGAGGUUCUGGAAUUGCUAUGGCAAUGCAAGUGCCCAUUAGCAUUCAGGUUAUGAAGGUUAAUUGGGCUAAACAUAAUGGGUUUGUUUAUCGACCAAACUUGGUUAUCUGUGGGAAAGUUGAAUCUGAAGUCCCCGUGUUUUAUCAGAUUGAGUCAGUUCUGAUAAUGUUUGAAAAACUGUUGCUACUCACAGUGCCUUUAGUUACAGUAACUUUUCAAGAACAUUUCCAUGCUUAUGAGGUGAUCAAAUCAAAGCAGGAUUAUGUUUUUUUUCAUGUCGACAACCUGCAUUACCCUAGGCCUUUUGACAUACAAAUGUCAUAUGGAGGGAAUGACACAACUCUCCUCAUCGUGCCAUAUUGCUUUCUCUGGUAAACAUUUUUAUGAUGAAGAUAUGUUUCUGUCAGAGACAAGGCAAUGGGUUUGCAAUGUAAUUUCACUGACAUUGUAAUGCUUUCUUUUUUUUGUUAAAAUAAAUGGUGAGUGCUGUGAUCUA